CCCGGCGCACCGCCCCCCUCAGCCCGGCCUUAGCGGCGGCGCGGCCCGGUCUCACAGCGCGGCCCGGCGGGAUGGCGGCGGCGGCGGAGCACGGCCGCGAUGGCAGCUGCCACUUCCAGCGCUCCCGGCUCAUCUGGAUGGUGGCCAUCAUCUUCGGCAUGAUCCUCCUCGGCUGGGUAACACUUUGGCCUUCAACUAUACCUUAUAGUUACUUGGGAUUAUUUGGUACCUUCCUUAAUUAUUUAGUGGAACACCACCACAAAUGGGUAUGCUACGGGUUCUGGAUAUCCUGGUUGAUUCACAUAGUGGAAGCCCUCUACGGUAUUAAGAUGUGCCAAGCUAAAGGAAUCACUGACCCCGCUGUUCAGUUUCAAUGGUUUGUUCAGACCCUUUUGUUUGGAUAUGCUUCCUUUGGUCUCCUGGUGUCUUACAAGCCUGCGGUCAAGAAGCAGUACUAGAAGACAAGGAAAGGAGUCACUUCUCACAUACUUCAUCUCAUUUUUCUGAAAAGACCCCCACAUACUUGUCUAGGUGCUCUAAUUAGUUAAAUUACAUUCCUGCUGCAUGAUGCAGUGCCCUUCUACACAAGCAACUCUCCUCUUAUUAAGCAACACAAUUAAAAUUCUUAGGGCCCCAUGGAUAGUUAAGUAGAAAAUCAGCCCUUCAGUCUUGGCACUGCCAAAUUUUAAUCCUAUUUAUUAUGCAAGAAACCAGAAGUUGCUCCUCUGCAGAUUUUGACACGAUUACUCUGUCACUGACAGCUGGUGGCAGUGAUUGAUAAAUUACCUUUUCAUGAGGAGAAUUGUUCUUCUACAACAAGGAGAGUUAUUGACAGCCGCAGGGCAGCUUGCACCUCUUUUGUAAUAGGAUUUAAGUUCACCUAUGUUUUCUCUAUGGACUGACGUUGUUGUUGUUGGUGUUAAACCUGCUCUUUGUACUUUGUUUUGUCUGCCUGUUUUGUUCCACAGAGGACAGACCACUGUGCUGCUGCAGGCACAUUGAAAAGACCACGUCUCAGCCCAGGCUGAGGUGCAGGGAGCUUGGAUACAUACAGCACUUUAACUUGGUUUGAUACAAGUGCCUUAAAAUUCAUGCAGCAUGACCUCAUCUUUUUAAUGAAGAUUUAAGUUACAAGUUAUUAUAGUAUAAAGUAGUGUUGAGGGCAGCUUUUUUGAGAAGUAAUUUAUUAUCCAAAGAAAAAAAAUCUAGCUGAAAAGUUGAUAUUUGGGAAUGAAAUACACCACUGUUUCCCAGUGCUCUUCUGAAACCUGAGGUUGAGUGACCAUCAUAAGCACCCCUCAAGAGUAUUUCCUGUAUGUGUAGUGAGUUACAUCAGAUUGUCUUUUAGUUCUGAAUAUUUGAACAAGAACUUAGUCUGUGUAGUUUUAGCACUUCUAAACAGAAUUAUUUAAAUACUAACUCUGGUGUGGGGAGAAGUUUUACCAUGCCACUUGAUAUGUUCUGGAAGAAAGGGUAAGAAAAGGUUGUUCUUUCUCUAACCUCUAAGAGCCCCACAAGGCAAUAAUGAGUAACUUUGUGCCUUGUGCAGUACCUGCAGACUGUAACACUUCCAUGUGGGAAGCCUUACUCAAGCACAGGCACAUAAAAUUUGUGCUCUCAGUGGGUACUAAGAGCAUGGAGAACUGAAGAGUUUGAAAUGGUGGUUUGUUUGUGGUUUGGGUUUUGUUGUUUAAUGGCAAACCAUUAACUUAAGUAUUUUAUAGAGAAGUAGAAACUCAUUUGGUGGCUAGAAAUCCAACAGAAAUGUCAAGAGCCUGAGCUAUGUUCUACUUUGUAACCUUUUGUCUUAGUCUGUGACCCUGGAAUAAAGAUUUUUAAAAA